UUUUGACAGCGCAGAAUAAGUGGAUUGCCAUCUCCGCUUUAAUAAAAACAGAGAAGUUUCGGAUUUGCAUCGGAAUAAUGGCGAGCAGAGUGUGGGGUUUAUUGUUAACCAAUAAUAAACGUAAAUUCGCGACUUGUUGGGGGAAUCCCCUGGCAUCGUAUUGUAGUUCAGUGAUAACUUCCGAUUCCCGCCAAAUAAAUUUGGAUAAGGAAAAGGAAGAUCGGGUUUUGAAUAUUCUAAAUGGCAACGACAAAAAUGAGCUGAUGAGAUAUCCCAUCUCAAAAACUCGCCUCGAUAAAAUCCAAAGAUGGAAAGCUAAAAAUGGAAGAAUUGAAAACAUCGAAGACCUCCUACAACUGGACGGUUUCGGCGUAAAAAUGCUAGAAAAAAUGUGUGAAAACAUCAUAAGCCACCUGGACAAACCCCCACUUGAAACUAAUGCUUCGUCAUCAAAACGUCCGGGUGUUUUUACAAUUCCUGCCGUGCCAACUGCCAUGCGUGACCAAUACAAAUCCUGCGUAUCAGUCUUCACGACGGUUUCAAGCAUCACUUGGGCCCGAAUUGUUUUAACGGACAACAAUCCUUGUCACUUGUCCCAUUGGCAGCACCACGAAAUCAGCGAAAAAAGGAUGCACAUCGGAGAUCUUGUACGAAAUAUGCUUUAUGUGAUAAAGAUGAUUCCCGAGGCGGAUUGCUAUGUAAUGGAAAACCCCCAAAUUGCACAGGCAGCAGCCCCAGGUGGGGCGGAACAAGUUAAUAUAAACGUGCAAAAGGCGCAGAUCACGGGUUUGUUGAAUUACGGCUUGAUGUCGCGUGCAAAUCUGAAACUAGACCAAUCGAAUGUGUUUUACUUGAAAAAGUAUCUUUCGUCAAGAAUUUUCAAUACUCUAGUCGGAAAUGAACGUGUUUCCACAGAACAUGUUGUAGCGGAAUUGCUAAGAACGGUUUACAAUGUUGAAGAUUGGCUGGAGAACAGCGGUAAUGAGCGGGGGACGAGUGGUGAUAACCUCACGUUACGGAGUAAUGUAAAUGUUCCAAUGGAAUUACGUGAAGUUUAUAAUAACGCCGAGAGAUAUCAACGCGAUUUUCUCGGUCAAGCUUUACUUAUUGGAAUGACUUUUAUUCGAUUAUGUUUGUUGCGAACACCGGAAAGUCUGGCGUCGGUUUCACGUAAUCAAAAGGAUGACAUUGAUUUGGGGGGUUGAAAAGAUCAUUGUGAUAUCUUAGUAGGCAGUUUAAUGAAAAUAUAUUUACUCGUUUUUCA